AUGAAUCUAAAGCCAUUGGGGCCAUUGGUUAGGAUGGGUCUAGUUAUCUUUGGUGGAGUAGCCACUGUGAACUUGGCUUCUACUGCUACCAUCAAAUUGCUUCGGUUUGCAUCAGAGAAGAAACGGGAAAAAGUUGCUUUGCCGUGUAGGGCUUGUAGAGGGAAGGGGUUUUAUAUAUGCAAAUUAUGCAAUGGGAAUGCCACCAUAGCUUGGUCCCCCAUGUUCGACCCUAUUGCAAUUAACCCCUGCGUUUGUCCUACUUGCGAAGGAAACAGGGUUCAACGUUGUUUGAACUGUUUGGGAAAAGGGUAUGACUAA